UUUCUAGGGGGGUCGUUUUAGGAGCAGCAGCGCCCAAACAGUCAAAGUUCCGUUCAGUCUGUUGUUAAAAGUACUGACGUUUCGUGUCGUAACUAAUGUUUCUUAACUCGGUGUGUUAGUGUGUUAAGUACACACUUUAGGGACAAACAUUUCCGUGUACAGCCGUUGUGUGGCGGGGACAGAGGUCAGUUGUAGCUAGCGUCCACCGGUAGCAGUGACAUUGACAGCUGGCAGCAGUAAGGACUUUAUAGUAACUUCACUAACAGCUGGAGUAAAAACGAGUAACGCUAACGUCCUUGGAGAGUCAUUUCUACAUUACCAUGGGGCGUCGUCUGCAUUUGCGACGGACUUUCCUUCCGCCAGGUCAGUCUGAGGAGUGAAAUCAGGAAGAGUGAACUUACCACCAAGGACAAUGGUUUUACUUUGUGUUCAUCUGUUCAGGAGCAGUCGCCUCUGUUCUCUCCCUGCUCAUCUCACACGAAACUUCCAGGUGUGCAAACAAAGUGGACAUCCUCUGAAGGAGCCACACUCAGUGUCCUCUAAGAUCACCUCUCACUUCAGAGCCACUCCGACAGGACCAGCUCUCCUACCCUGCAGCAAUGGACGGACGGUGUGUUUCCAGAUUAGCCCCAAAACCAGUUUACCCCUGCAGCGGUCUGGUGCUGUCCUGACCCAGUUCGGACACCACUUCCACACCUCAGCCCCUGUGAGGGCCCUGCCUGCUCCUCUCAUAUGGCUGGUGCUCAAACCUCUGCAGAAGCUGCUGGCUAUAAUACUGGGCAGGAGUAUAAGGAAGUGGUGGGUGGCUCUACCAGCCAACCGCCGGCAGCUCAUGCGCCAAUGGGUCUGGCAGCGCCGCUGGCAUCUGGCAGCUGGAGCAGGCGUUGCUAUGGUGAUUGUAGCACUCCUUCUCCUGACCCACCUGGAUGAGUCCCCAGUGACGGGACGGACCCGCCUCCUGGUGUUCAGCAGAGAGAACUACAUGAAACUGGCAACUCUGACUUCAGAGGCCUACAUGGAGGAGUUUGCAGAGAUGCUGGUUCCAGUCACUGACCCUCGUCACCAGGUGGUGGAGCGGUUGGUGCAGCACCUGGCACUAAGGAACAAGGACAUCCCUGAAGUGUCUGAUGUAACCUGGAACGUCCACGUGGUGCAAAGUCCCAACGUCAACGCCUUUGUCCUCCCGAAUGGGGAAGUGUUCAUGUUUACGGGGAUGCUGGAUGUUACGGCAGAUGUUCACCAGCUCAGCAUUAUCCUGGGACACGAGAUGGCUCAUGCUAUAUUGGGACAUUCUGCAGAACAGGCCAGUCUGUCUCAUGUCGUGGACCUCCUGUCCCUUAUUCUGCUGACAGCCAUCUGGGCCCUGUGUCCUCGAGACAGCCUGGCACUGCUGGGACAGUGGGUACAGGACAAGCUUUCCCAGUUGAUGUUUAGCCGUCCCUUCAGUAGGAAACUGGAGGCUGAGGCCGAUCAAGUUGGAUUGCAGUUGGCUGCUAAGGCCUGUGCAGAUGUGCGAGCAGGCCCCGUAUUCUGGCAGCAAAUGGAAAUCAGAGACCAGCUGAGAGAAGAGCCCAAUUUCCCAGAGUGGCUGUCCACACACCCGUCGCACAGAAACAGAUACAUCCAGCUGGACCGCCACAUACCACAGGCUCUGGAGUUGAGGGAGAGCUGUGUCUGCCCUGCUUUACCUGCUACUGACCCUCGCUCCAUCUUCUCCAAGAGCGUCCGUGUGUUGCUGGAAAACGCUAUGGACCAGGGGAGAGGAGGGCAAGAAGGUGUACACAAACCCCACCUGCCCCACAGCACUGCCUCACUCCCCAACGGACUGCCUGCAGGUCUUUUUGCCCAAACUGCCCUUUCUCUUUCCCCAAAUGUGGAGCAAGAGAGUAAAGGCCCAGUCCCACUCGUAGAUUCAGAGUUAACUGUUGCAGCCCCUAUCACUGUUUCAGAGCAGGAAGGAUCCCCACACAUGGUGCAGAGUUCUAGUUGACAGGGGUGUUAAAUCCUCACAAAUUUCUACAAACCUCUAGUUUUUCACAAACUAGCUAUUUGCAUAAGUAAGUGAGUGAUUUGUAUAUUGGUCUGCUCGCAUAGUUUCAUUGUCUGUUAGUUAGUAGUCCCUGGGUGCACAGGUGGUGAAGGGGUAAAGUUCUCAACCACCAUCCCAGGGCACUAGAAACUCUUACUGGCUGCCAGCACAAUGGAGGGUGGAGCUGGGUAAUGUGAAAAGAAGCUGCUCUGGUCAAUCUAAAUGUGGAAAAUUGGUGGAUUACGUCUACAAAAUUAAAUAGAAAAAGAAAAAAGUGAUUCAAGGCCUAUCCUAACCUUUCCCUCUACUGCAACAGCCUUCUGACUGAACUUCAGAUAAUUUAACCAUGCCUAGUGACUACAAAGAUGCCACAUUAAUUAGAUAACCUCGAACGGUGAAAUGCUGAAUGAAUCUUAGUAACGCUUCCAUACAUUGCGAGAUUAAUAUGUGCAUUAUUCAUCAACACACGGCAACAGACGAGAGUAAGCACUUUGUGUGGUGCAUGUUGGAGGCUUCGACCAUGGCAGGCAGAGGACAUCUACAUUCUCAUUAUGACGGCUGCAUUCUCAUGCCACACACAUAGCACUUAAUGCAUUCUCUAGCCUGAGGGACUUAAUGGUGUAAAUUUAUGCCGGGUUGUUUGCAGGUUUUAAAACACAGCUUUCUGCAGAAGAAUGGCAAAUAUCCACCGUCAAGCUUUGAGAAAUCUUUCAUGGGAUUUUGUAAAAUCUUAUUUAACAAGGCAAGCUGACUGAGAAAACAUUCUUAUUUACAGCAACAGCCCGCGGAAGCAGUCACACACUAGAGAGGGGAGGGCAGUUAUGGUUCAUAUCUGGGUAAUCUUCGCUGUGUGUGUGUGCUGAAACAAAGUAGCACACUUGGUUAAACUGUGAAAUCAAAAAAAUGACUACUGUGUUUUCAUUUGGGAUAAAUUAUUUUAUUUGUGUCAUGCAUUUUAGGCACAGGGCCUGUAUCAGGUUAAAAAACAUCAGUCGACAGUCUUUACAUGUGCUGUGGAAGCUUUUGCUGCAAACAGGGUAGGUCUAUAUUAGAAUAUGUGUCUAUAUUGGAAUAAGUAGGGGUUGUGCAAAAAUGUGCAAUGAAAAAGCCAAGGGAAUGUAGGUUUUUGCAUAUCAAUAACUCAGCAGGAACGUGCUCUGUGUGCAAGUAGCAGGCAAAAAAUAAAAUAAUUAAAAAGAAAA